UUAACUAUCUAUCAAGAAAUGGAAUUAUAAUGAAAGCACAGUGCUAGCAUAGUUGUGAUGCUGAUUUUGAGAUGAUAAAAAUCAGGUUGAAGAACGUUAUAUACUAUACAUAUAAUGUUAGUUAGGUCUGACGUUUGUUCUGUGUAAAGUAGGCUAACGUACAAAAGCUAAUAUUAAUUAAACUCUGUCAAGGAAAACAUUGUAGCCUAAAGUUAUUUUGAAUGUUACAGAAAUGAAGAGGAAAGGUAGCAUAUGCAGUUUUUUCUCACCAAAGAGAAAGGCGAGAGAAAUAGAAAAUGAACAUCUGAGCAAGGUAGACGGAGAAGCUGAGGAGGAAGGAGAGAGAAAAGAGGUGGAAGGAGAGGACGAAGACGAGGUGGAGAGAAAAGGGCAACAGAAAUGUGGCACAGAUAGAACACAAGGCCAAGGCGACCAGGGACAGGAGGAGGUGGGAGAACACCACAGCGGUGAAGAUAUGGAGGGAGAGCAUCACCAAAAUGAGGAGGGAGAAAGCGAGAGACAAGAUAAUGUGCAGGGCUCAGACAGUGAAAGGGAAAGGAGAGUGCCUGGGCCAUCACCAACGAUCUCCAGUCGAGCUGGUCCACAUGAUGUAUCCAAGUCCAGGUGUGAGGUGCCAGUGCAGCCAAUGCGCGAGAGUUUCCCUAAAACCCUCCAGGGAGGAGCCAGGAGAAGCUUCCGCAGCGACUGGUACAAAUCUCAUCCCUGGUUAGAAUACUCGCAAUCGAAAGAUGCAGCUUACUGUUUUGCUUGUAGACAUUUUUCCCUCCCCGAUGCUCCAAGGACUGUUUUCACCUCAUUCGAGGGUUAUAGUAACUGGAAAAAGGCCACAAUGAAAGACAGUGGUUUCUGUUCUCAUGCCAGAUCUGAAGGCCAUGUAAAUGCAAUGUUCGCAUGGACAGAGAACAAGAAAAUUAUGGAUAAAAAUACCUCAAUGUUUGGACUAAUGGAUGAGCAAAAAAAGAAGCAGGUGGCUGAAAAUCAAUACUACAUUAAAACAUUAGCUGAAAUUUUAGUUUUAACAGCCACAGAAAACAUAGCACAGCGGGGUCACAGGGAGUCUCUCGACUCAGAAAAAAAAGGUGUUUUUCUGUCUAUGUUAGACCUGCUGGGUAACCAUAACCCCAUCAUUAAAAAAAGACUUGAACAACAAGCUAAAAAUGCAAAAUACACGAGUAAAACAAUACAGAAUGAAAUACUUGAGUGCUUGGCUGCAAUGGUCAAAGAAGAAAUCAUCCAGGAAGUUAAAACGAGCAAGCAGUUUUCAGUUAUUGUUGAUGAAACUAAAGAUGUUCAGAAAAAAGAGCAAAUGUCAUUUGUUCUGAGAUAUUUUUACAACGGUGUGGUACAUGAAAGCUUUCUGGAGUUUGAAGUGGCAGAACACCUGGAUGCUGCCUCCUUAAGUGACAAGAUUAUCUUCUUCCUUGAGAAGCAUGGGCUGGAGUACAAGAAAAACCUUGUAGGCCAGGGCUACGAUGGUGCAGCAGUGAUGCGCGGGGCACAUGCAGGUGUUCAGGCUAAAAUAAAAGAAGUAGCCAAACAUGCCUUCUAUGUUCACUGUAGUGCACACUGCUUGAACUUAGUUAUAGUAGACGCUGUAAAAAGUGUGGCAGAUGCAGGAAACUUCUUCUCAUUAAUGGAACGACUGUAUGUAUUCAUGUCUGGGUCUUAUGUACAUAACAAAUGGCUGGAAGUGCAGCGGGAGAUGUUUGAUGGUGUACCAAGGGAACUCCAACAGCUAAGUGAUACACGUUGGGCCUGUAGGCACAUAGCAUGUCGCAAUGUUAUGGACAGGUUGCCUGCAAUAGUACAGGUGCUUGAAGAGAUCGCAUCUGAGAACCAUCCACAAAGAGCUGUAGAAGCAAGAGGGAUAUUGGCUCAAAUUGAUCUGAAUUUUGCUGGAUGUCUUGUUCUGUUCAGAAAGGUCCUGAGUGACUCCAAGUUUUUAUCAGACAUGUUCCAGUCUAAAACAGUGGACUAUGCUAAGGCUGUUGAACUUAUUGAAGCACUUAAAGAGACACUGGUCCAGUACCGUAGUCAAGCCUCUUUUGAGGAAAUGUGGAGUGAAACACUUGAUUUAUGUCAACGAAGUAACAUUGAUACAACUCAGCGAAAACCAAAGAGGCCAAGACAGACAGCAAAGGUGCUUCAGGAUACUGUCAUCCACUGCACCUUGGGACAGCAUGUAGUUCCAGAUAGCAAACACACGUUUUGUGUCUCUGUGUACUAUCCAGUUCUGGAUAACAUGAUUGGAGAAAUAGGAAGAAGAUUUUCUAACACAAAUUGUAACAUUAUGCAGGGUGUCCAGGCACUAAAUCCGUCAAGUCCAACUUUUUUGAGAGAGGAGUCUGUUCUGUUAUUAGCUGAAGCUUACGAUUCAAAUAUUGAGGAUCUCAAAAACGAGUUACAUCAGACGAGGAGAGUACUAGACAGACAAAAGGGGGAAAAGGAGAGUCCUACCACUCUAAUGGAGUUCACUCAGUUUUUGGACCCAUACCAGGAUGUGUUUUAUGAGUUGUUCAGGUUGUGUAAAAUAGCGGUUGUUUUACCUGUGACCAGUGCAUCCUGUGAACGAAGUUUUUCAUCUCUCAGGCUCAUAAAGACUUAUUUGCGGUCAACUAUGUCAGAAAAGAGACUAUCGAGUUUGGCUGUACUCAGCAUUGAAUCAAAACGUACAAGGGCAUUAGAUUAGAUAAAUUUGUGAGGCGUUUUGCUGAGCAACAUGGAAAUCGCCGCAUUCAGCUGUUAUAGGCAUGAAAACUUAAUGUUAUGCUCACUGGUGAGCCUUUACAAAGCUGUUAAAAUGAUGACCUCAACAGAAUCUGUACUUUAAAUUUCUGUUUAUAUCUUUGUUUUGGCAACUGAGAACCUUUAAUAA